UGUAGGCCAUUUUGUUUUGUUGAUAGAGCGGACUCGGACAUGAGUCAAUUCAAAGUCAACUACUUGUCGAGAUCGCGUGACGGUGAAUGUUGUGCUUAUGCGCAGCAUAAGCCAUAAGCCAAAGUGUGGCGAUAAAAGUUUUUAAAGUAUUUGUACUUUUACAUAAAAACUAGCACGCGUAUAUCACGCACAGUGUAGUGUAAUAAGUGAAAGUGCGAAACUUGGUGUGGUGUUUUCUUUGCAAAAAAUAUCUGCAUUAUCCGACGUCAGGCUGCCCAUAUUAUCAAUUGUACUUGAUGUAAUGGAUUAACGACAGUCAACAUAACUAUGGGAAGUGCGAAACAAACGGCGAUAAAACAAGCAGCAAUGGGGGAGGAAAAGAAAUCCAUAAAAGACAUACUCAAGAAACCCUUCCAAGCGAUAUUCAACAGGAGAGACAAAAGAAAGAAUAAAACGUUAGAAAAAGAUACAGACAAUGAAAAAAUAGAGCCUGAGAAAGUGAAAGAACUGGUGGUGACACCAGUAACCGAACUAUUAAAUAAAUUGUCAAUUAAAGAUGACGAAAUAGAUUUAAGCAAACUAUCCAUCAAGGAUGAUGAUGAUGAUGAUGAAUUCAAGAACUUCUCCUGCAAAGUAAUAGACGAUGUUAGAUGCACUAGAUUGGAUUCGCAUAAAUCCGACGAUAGCGGCUAUUCGGAAAAGGUUGGCGAUUCUGAUGAUGAAAAGGAAACGAAGGUCGAUGAUAAGAAGAAGAAGAAGGUGCAAACUGUUGCUAUAUCGAGAGCGCCGAUACAGAAUAAACACCAGUAUGCGACGCCUGCGCAUCCUUACACACGGGAGGCUGAUUAUAGACAGAUCAGUCAAAUCAACAAACAAACGUUUUCCGGCGGGCAAGUGCUUGUCAACGACAGCCCGAGAGCCGACAACACCUUCUUAAACCAAGCGUUGCAACUCGUCGACACAAAUGUCCGCGAAUUCAACAAAAACACGCAAGAGGAACAGGUCAAAUACUGGCAAAUGGCUGAGGAGUUCAUCAACGAGAAGACCACCGAAGAGGACCUCAUCGCCGAGCUGCUGCAAGCCAACCCGGACAUCUGUCAAAUGUCAAGUUACCCGCCAAAAGCGGCGCCCACAGACAACAUAAUGGCCGCGUUUGACACCUGUCAGGUAUCAAUAAUCCCGCCGGAGGACGAGAAUCCGAUCGAGGACUUCGAAAGCGCGAACCUCAUCGGUGAAUACGACACGGCGGAGAUAUUCACGCAAUGCAUUCGUACCGAAAUGGACACGCUAAACGUUUUCCCGACGCCGCCGCGUUCCGAGAACGUGCCCAGCCCGAUGUCCGACACGCAGUCGUACUAUCCCAGCCAUUCGCCCAGGAAUUACACUCUGUCCCCCGGGACGUCAUCGCCCAUGUACAACAGCGACUAUGAGAGGUAUCAAGACAUCGCCCCGCAGUACGAGUAUCCGAGCGUGCUUGACAGCUUGGAAACGGAGAAUGACGUUGACGCGGAGAGCACAGAUAAAAAAGCGCGGGAACGCACGUCGAUGACGCUGAAACAGUACAAGGACAUGCAGAAGGAUAUAGCCGCGGAGUUUUCGAAAAUGGAAUGCUGCCAGGCGAAUAGGAAAACCUGCAAGGAGCUGUUCCAGGGGCAUCUGAACAAGCUGAAGAUGGAGCACCGGAAGAUGAUCUGUCAAAAGGUCGCCUGCUUGGAUUUGGGCAAAGCGUACGGAGUAUUACAACACAUCAUAGCGAGUCUGUCAAACGGGGAGACAGAUGAAAAUCUACAGCUGGCUCUGUUCAGCCUAAUCUGUGAGAAGGUGUUGUCUCUGAAAAAGGAGCUGUUCGUUGGGGAAUUUGGUUUAAAUCUUCUGAAAGCUGCCGUGUUACGCUGCCCAAGCCGGCCCCUCAUGGCGCGUUACUUGGUGCAAUGCAUCCGCACUGUCACCAGGGCGGACGGGUUCAAACCCGCGGGGGAAUGCCUGUUCACCGAGGUCGACGCAAUUGGCGAUAAUCUAGUCAUAGCGUGCGCGCGCGGCGGCGACGCGUACGCGCUCGCGCUGUACGAGCUCGUGGCGCGCCGCGGCGGGGACGUGCCGCUGUUCGCGCUGCACCACGCCAACGCUGAUGGAUACACAGCGUUACACGUGGCCUGCAGCACUCACAGUGCGAAGUCGCCCCGCACUCACAUAGCCCACGUGCUGCUGGAGCACGCUGGCGUGGACCUCUGGCGUGAGGACAUAAAGGGGGGGGAGACAGCCCUACAUUUGGCCGUUAAUUCGGCGAACUGCGACCUUCGCCUCAUAAUGAUCAUAUUCAAGAACAUAGACCGGAAGCUGUGGAAGAAACUUGCGCAUGCGCAGAACAGAAGCUCAGUAACACCACUAGAAUACGCUCGGUCAGCCAGCAAGUCAUCCACAAGACAGAACUUUCCAAUUGAGGUGCUGGAAUUCCUCAAAAAAUGCCGCUGAAUUAUCUUUUUUCGUAAAUAAAUGUUUGGAAUUGAAAUUGAACAUUUAAUUCGAAAUUUGAAUUUGAAAUUAGAAGGUUUAAAGCUUUGAACGCAAUGGCUUAUGAAUUCAAAAAUGGAAUUCGAAAGAUAUUUGAAUUUGGAGAAGAUUCCAUUGAAGUUGUACUUCUUUUUUUGAGUAUGUAUUCCGUUUUGAAAUAUGGAAUUGGGAACACUGUUUAAAUUUCGAACGUUGAAUAUUAAUGCAUUAUAAUUUGAAAUUAAUGUCAUAAGUAAUUAUUAUAAUAAGUUUCUAUUUGAAUAAUGCAUUGGAAUGACAUUGUAAUUUUAAUAUUUUAUGAAUUCUUAAAAUAGGAGAUUAUUAGAAAAUAUAAACGACAAUUAUAUAUA